CGGCGCAAGGCGGCUUCCCCUCCAAGAGGCGGUCGGACCCGAAAAUGGCGCGGAGGUCGGCCGGGGGCCGGGGGCGCUGAGGGCCAUGCAGCGGCAGGCGGCGGCUCGCAGCGGCUGGAGGCAGCGAGGAGGCGGCGGCGGCGGAAGAGAAGCAGACGGCGCGGGAGAGCCGCCACUCGCCCGGAUGACCCUCUUUGGGUCAGAAAGCCUUGAGGACGAGGGGUCCGGCGGGCCCACCCUGAGUAAGGCUGAGUUUGUGGAGAAGGUACGGCAGAGCAACCAGGCUUGCCACGCGGGCGACUACCAUAGAGCCAUCCUUCUCUAUGGUGAAGCCUUGGGGGUCGAUCCCCAGAACUGCAUACUCUACAGCAACCGCUCUGCGGCGUAUAUGAAGAUCCAGCAGUACGAGAGAGCUCUGGACGACGCCAUCAAGGCCCAGCUUCUGAACCCCAAGUGGCCAAAGGCCUACUUCCGGCAGGGGGUUGCCCUCCAGUAUCUUGGGCGCCAUGCCGAUGCUUUGGCAGCAUUUGCCUCCGGCUUGGCUCAAGAUCCCAAGAGCCUGCAGCUCCUGGUGGGCAUGGUGGAAGCUGCCAUGAAGUCUCCCAUGCGAGAGUCCCUGGAGCCAACGUACCAGCAGCUGCAGAGGAUGAAGCUGGACAAGAGCCCCUUUGUGGUGGUCUCCGUCAUUGGGCAGGAGCUGCUGACAGCCGGCCAUCACGGUGCCUCUGUGGUGGUUCUGGAAGCGGCCUUGAAAAUUGGCACCUGCAGCUUGAAACUGAGGGGCUCCGUCUUCUCUGCCCUGAGCAGCGCCUACUGGUCUCUGGGCAAUGCCGAGAAGAGCUCGGGCUACAUGCAGCAGGACCUGGACGUUGCCAAGACCUUAGGUGACCAGAUGGGCGAAUGCCGCGCUCACGGCAACCUGGGCUCUGCUUUCUUCUCCAAGGGAAAUUACCGGGAGGCCUUGACUAACCACAGACAUCAGCUGGUGCUUGCCAUGAAGCUCAAGGACAGAGAGGCUGCCUCCUCCGCCCUCAGCAGCCUUGGCCACGUCUACACUGCCAUCGGGGACUACCCCAACGCCUUGGCCAGCCACAAGCAGUGUGUCCUUCUCGCCAAGCAAGGCAAAGAGGACCUCUCUGAAGCACGAGAACUGGGCAACAUGGGGGCUGUCUACAUCGCCAUGGGGGACUUUGAGAAUGCUGUGCAGUGCCACGAGCAGCACCUGAGGAUUGCCAAGGCCCUCGGCAACAAGCGGGAGGAGGCCCGGGCCUACAGCAACCUGGGCAGCGCCUAUCACUAUCACCGCAACUUUGACAAGGCCAUGUCUUACCACAACCAUGUCUUGGAGCUGGCCCAGGAGCUGGAGGAGAAGCCUAUUGAGAUGCGAGCGUACGCUGGGCUCGGUCACGCUGCCCGCUGCAUGCAGGAUCUGGAGCGGGCCAAACAGUAUCACGAGGAGCAGCUGCACAUCGCAGAGAGCCUUCAGGAUCGAGCUGCAGAGGGCCGUGCCUCUUCCAAUCUAGGGAUCAUCCACCAGAUAAAGGGGGACUACGAGAUGGCCCUGAAGCUGCACAAGGGGCACCUCUCCAUUGCACAGGAGCUGAACGACUACGCGGCCCAGGGGAGGGCCUACGGCAACAUGGGCAAUGCCUACAAUGCUCUGGGCAUGUUUGACUGUGCUGUCAAGUAUCAUCGUCAGGAGCUGCAGAUCUCCAUGGAGGUGAACGAUCGGGCCUCCCAGGCCUCCACUCAUGGCAACCUGGCUGUAGCCUAUCAAGCUCUGGGGGCCCACGACCGGGCACUCCAGCACUACCAGAACCACCUCAACAUUGCCCGGGAGCUGCGGGACGUCCAGAGUGAGGCCCGGGCGCUGGGCAACCUGGGGAACUUCCACUGCUCCCGGGGAGAGUUCGCCCAGGCAGCCCCAUACUACGAGCAAUACCUGCAACUCUCCCCGGAGCUGCAGGACAUGGAGAGCGAAGGCAAAAUCUGCCACAACCUAGGCUAUGCCCAGUACUGCCUGGGCAACUAUGAGGAAGCCGUCAAGUACUACGAGCAAGACCUGGCCCUGGCCAAGGACCUGCAUGACAAGCUCAGCCAGGCCAAGGCCUACUGCAACCUGGGCCUGGCCUUCAAGGCCCUGGGCCACUUCUCUGAAGCGGAGGAGUGCCAGAAGUACCUACUGUCCCUCGCCCAGUCCCUCAGCAACCCUCAGGCCAAGUUCCGGGCCCUGGGCAACCUGGGGGACAUUGCCAUCUGCAAGAGAGACGUGGGCAGCGCCGUCAGGCUCUACGAGCAGCAGCUGAGCCUCGCCCAUCAGGCCACAGACAGGAAGCUGGAGGCCAGCGCCUACGCGGCUCUCGGCUCAGCCUACCGUCUGCUGCAAAAGUACGACAAGGCCCUGGGCUACCAUACGCAGGAACUGGAGGUGUAUCAAGAGCUGGGAGAGAUGCUGGGGGAAUGCCGGGCACACGGGCACCUGGCGGCGGUCUACAUGGCCUUGGGCAAGUACACCAUGGCCUUCAAGGGUUACCAGGAGCAGCUGGAGGUGGGCCAGAAGCUGAAGGAUCCCGGCAUCGAAGCCCAGGUCUACGGCAAUAUGGGCAUCACCAAAAUGAACAUGAAUGCCACGGAGGAGGCCAUUGGCUUCUUUGAGCAGCAGCUGGCCACCCUGCAGCAGCUGAGCGGGAGCGAGGCCGUGCUGGACAGAGGCCGGGCCUUUGGCAAUUUGGGCGACUGCUACGAAGCACUGGGGGACUACGAGGAAGCCAUCAAGUAUUACGACCAGUACCUGUCCGUUGCCCAGAGCCUCAGCCGCAUGCAGGACCAGGCGAAGGCCUAUCGGGGCCUAGGCAGCGGGCACAGGGCAAUGGGCAACCUGCAGCAGGCCCUGGUUUGCUUCGAGAAAAGGCUUGUGGUGGCCCAUGAGCUUGGAGAAGCCUUUGAUAAAGCCCAGGCAUACGGCGAAUUGGGCACUCUGCACAGCCAGCUGGGCAACUUCGAACAGGCUAUCUCCUGCCUCGAGCGCCAGUUGGGCAUUGCACAGGAUAUGAAGGACCAGGCCCUGGAGGGCAAUGCAGCUUGCGGCUUGGGCAAUGUCUACCAGCAAAUGGCAGAAUACGACACGGCCCUCCAGUACCACCAGAUGGACCUCAGGAUUGCAGAGGAAACUAACAACCCGGCUUGCCAAGGCCGGGCGUAUGGCAACCUGGGCCUGACCUAUGAGUCUCUGGGCACUUACGAGAGAGCCGUGGUCUACCAGGAGCAGCACCUCAGCAUCGCAGCCCAGUUGAAUGACCUGGCGGCAAAAACUGCCUCCUACAGCAGCCUGGGCAGGACGCACCACGCCUUGCUGAACUACCCCCAGGCGGUGAUGUAUCUGCAGGAAGGGCUGAGGCUGGCUGAGCAGCUGGGGCGCAGGGAGGACGAAGCCAGGAUCCGCCACGGCUUGGGCCUUUCGCUUUGGGCGAGUGGAAACCUGGAAGAGGCUCAGCAUCAGCUCUACCGGGCGUCGGCCCUCUUUGAGACCAUCCGGCACGAAGCGCGGCUGAGCAUCGACUACAAGCUCUCGCUGUUUGACCUGCAGACCUCUUCCUAUCAGGCCCUGCAACGGGUGCUGGUUACGCUGGGCCAUCAUGAUGAGGCGUUGGCGGUGGCCGAAAGAGGUCGGACAAGGGCCUUUGCUGACCUGCUGGUGGAGCGUCAGACCGGGCAGCAGGAUUCUGACCCUUACUCCCCUGUGACGGUGGAUCAGGUCCUGGAGACAGUGAAUGGCCAGAGGGGGCUGGUCCUCUACUUCUCACUGGCAGCGGGAUACCUGUACUCUUGGCUCUUGGCUCCAGGGGCAGGGAUCCUGAAGUUCCACGAAUGCUACCUGGGGGAGGGCGCAGCUGGGCACUCGGGAGACUUGCAAGACAGGAGCUCGGGCCUGCAGUCACUCGCCAGCUCAGCACUGGAGCAGCUCAGCUCCAGCGUACGAGAAGCCCUGGGGGUGGACCCUCAUUUUGUGAGCAGUGAGACGGAGAGCGAAGCAGGAGACCUGAUGGACCAGCCCCCCGAGGAGAUGAGCGGCAAGCUGAACUCUUCCAAUGACCCCACUGGCUUCUUGAGGAUGGUGAGCAGGAACAACCUCUUCAACAGGAGCUGCCAGAGCACCAGCAACCCCUUUGCUGGCCCUGCCUCCUCCACAGCCAAGGAGGAGGGCCUGGCAUCCUCCCUCCCUCGACGGCCCGACUCCUGCAGCAAGUCGCCCCUCCGGGUCCUCUACGACAUGCUGAUUGGGCCAUUGGAAGGGGGCCUGAUGCACUCCAGUGGCCCAGUGGGGCGUCACCGGCAGCUGGUCCUUGUCCUGGAGGGGGAGCUGUACCUCAUCCCCUUUGCUCUCCUCAAGGGCAGCUCAUCCAACGAGUAUCUCUACGAACGCUUCAGCCUUAUUGCGGUGCCCUCCAUCCAAGCCCUGAGUGCCAGUGCCAAGGGCCAGGCCAAGAGGAACUCCUCCGCUUACGGCAGCUCCUCCUCCACGGCCGCUGUCAUUGGCAACCCGAAGCUGCCGUCCUCCGUGAUGGACCGCUGGCUGUGGGGGCCCAUGCCCUCUGCGGAAGAGGAGGCCUAUGCGGUAUCAGAACUGCUUGGCUGCCAGGCACUGGUGGGCAGUGCAGCCACCAAGGAGACCGUGAUGAGUGCCCUGGCACAGGCCGAAUGUGUACAUUUCGCUACGCACGUCUCCUGGAAGCUGGCUGCUCUGGUUCUGACGCCCAAUGCCGAGAGCAUCAGCUCCGGUCGCAAGGGCUCCUUCGGAAACUCUUACACCAUCCCAGAGUCUCUGCGCAUGCAGGACGAUGCAAGCGAUGUGGAAAGCAUCUCCGACUGCCCACCACUGCAGGAGUUUCUGCUCACAGCAGCCGACGUGCUGGAACUUCGCUUGCCCGUCAAGCUGGUGUUCCUGGGCUCCUACCAAGAGUCCAACAGCAAGGUCACCGCGGAUGGGCUGGUGGGGCUGACACGGGCCUUCCUGGCUGCCGGUGCCCUCUGUGUGUUGGUCUCCUUAUGGCCCGUCCCAGUGGCGGCAUCCAAGACCUUUGUGCACACCUUCUACUCUGCCCUGCUGAACGGCCUGAAGGCCAGCGCUGCCCUUGGGGAGGCGAUGAAGAGGCUGCAGAGCAGCACGCUGUUUUCCCACCCCUCCAACUGGGCAGGCUUUGUGCUGAUCGGCAGCGACGUGAAACUCAACAGUCCUUCCUCCCUGGUGGGGCAAGCCUUGACUGACAUCCUGCAGCACCCGGAGCGAGCACGAGAUGCUUUGCGGGUCCUGCUGCAUCUGGUGGAGAAGUCCCUGCAGCGCAUCCUCAGUGGGCAGCACAACUCCAUGUACACCUCUCAGCAGAGCGUGGAGAAUAAAGUGGGCGGCAUCCCUGGCUGGCAGGCCCUGCUGGCCGCGGUGGGCUUCCGCCUGGACCCUCCGGCCAGUGGGCUUCCAGCCGCUGUCUUCUUCCCCACGGCGGACCCCGGGGACCGGCUGCAGCAGUGCAGCAGCACCAUCCAGUCUUUGCUUGGUCUGCCCAAUGCUGCCCUGCAGGCCCUCUGCAAGCUGAUCACCGCCUCUGAAACGGGAGAGCAGUUGAUCAGCCAGCUCCAUCAGGUUUUAGUGCAACUCCAGGUUGGAGACAAGGAGCAAGAUUUCACCCUGGCCCCCAUUCAAGUCUCCAUCAGUGUUCAGCUUUGGCGGCUGCCCGGCUGCCAUGAGUUCCUGGCCGCUCUUGGGUUUGACCUGUGCGAGGUCGGGCAGGAGGAAGUCAUUCUGAAGACGGGGAAACAGGCCAGCCGCCGGACGAUGCACUUUGCACUCCAGACCCUGCUGGCUCUUUUUGAUUCCACAGAACUUCCCAAGCGCCUGAGCUUGGACAGCUCCUCCUCGCUUGAAUCACUGGCCUCGGCCCAAUCCCUCUCCAAUCCUGGGCCGCUCCCUGGCCAAAAUCCCCCCUUCUCUCCUACGGGCCCAGACAGCCUGGCCUCAGACGCCAUCUCCGUCUACAGCCUGAGCUCCAUUGCUUCUUCCAUCAGCUUCGUCUCCAAGCCUGAGGGCACGUCUGAGGUAGGAGGCUCCAGGGGGCACCAAGACUCGGAGCGGUCUAAGGCCAUUUAUCCCCAGAGGGUCUCCUUACCACAGAGUCAUUUCUCGGCACAAGCCAGAGCUGGCCCCAGCAAAGACGAAGAGGAGUACGAGGGGUUCUCCAUUGUGAGCAAUGAGCCUCUGGCGGUAUAUCAGGAGGCCCCAGGCAUGUUUUCCACAGAGCACAGCCUCUCCCAGACUGGAGAAGUCAGAGGCUCCGUUAACUUCAAGCAUAGCAUCAGUUCCCCAAACUCCCCGGGCAAAAUGACGCUCAUUCCCAGCCCAAACUCUCCUUUCCAGAAGGUUGGGAAACGAACGGGUUCAGAUAUAGGUGAAUCAGACCAUUCCAGUACUGAAACAGACAGCACCGUCAAAUCCCAAGAGGAAGGGAAUGGCCCAAAAUUGGAUCCUCAGGAGCUGGCCCAGAAGAUCCUGCAGGAAACGCAGAGUCACCUCCUCGCCGUGGAGCAUCUCCAGUGUACCGGCAGCAGUCGCUGUCCCCACCAACCUGGCCGAAGCAGCAGCUUGGACGAAGGGACCGCCUCACCCUCCAGAGUUGCCACCUUCCGGUCCUCAGAGACCAGUGCCUUUAGCAGGCCACUGUGCUCCAGCACCAAAAGUCAGCCUUCUCCCACCCCGGUGAGGCCUGAGCUUCUCCUAAAGAGUCCCUCCCUGCAAACAUCCAGCUUUGGAGACAACAGCCCUUCUCCCUCCCAGAUGUCCACCAAGGAAAGUGCUAGGCAGGUUUCCCCCAGCCUGGACUCUUGUGGGCCUGCGGCAGAUCAGCCAGUCUUCAGGCUGAAGUACCCCAGCUCUCCAUACAGUGCCCAUAUAUCCAGGUCUCCGCAGAACAUCUCCCCCGGCUCAGGGCAUCGAUCCCCAGCGGACAGCACUCCCUCCCCAGCCCUCUCCUAUUCCUCUGCCAGCUCAGCCCGUUCCAGCCCAGCCAACCCACCUGCCCUCGACAAGCUCAAGAUGGCGGCCAUCGAUGGAAAGGUGCAGGCCAUUCACAAUCUGAAGAUGUUCUGGCAAAAUGUCCCCCAGCAACCCCCCGGGCCCAUGAGGAGCUGCCCCAGCUCUUCUGGGAAAGCCUCCAAGCGAGAUGUGCUGAGCCUGCUGAACUUGUCUCCCCGGCGUAGCAAAGAGGAAGCCACCGACAAACUGGAGCUGAAGGACUUGUCUGCUCCCCGGGCUCUUCUUUUGCAGAAGAAGGACUCCUCUGCCAAUGGGCGUAGGCCUCCAGCUGACUCCAGCAGCGCUCUGGAGCCCAGCUACCCCAUUCGGAUCCCUUCUGGCAAUGGCUACAAGUUUUUGUCACCAGGAAGGUUCUUCCCUUCGUCAAAGUGCUGAAUCUCAAUUUCCUCGUUUUUUUGUUUGCCUGGGUGGAGUUUCUGGGCCCUUUUUCCUGUCCCCCCAGCUUGAAAGAUGCAGUACGGUGGGGGGGGGAGCAGGUUGGGGGGCUGGAGCCCAGCAAGAUGGAUUUGAGCAGAGGCCGGGCCUGUGGGUCUUGCUUAGUGACAGACGGCCCUUCGCUGCCUUCUUAGUUGCCACACUCAGUGGUGCUGGGUGGGGGAGGGGCGGCAAUUCUAUUAGGCAGCGCACACAAUUUUUUUGUGUAGAAAUACAAGCCAUUUUGUGAGUGCUUCCAGGAAGGGUUGGUGGGAGGCAGCUUCCCACCAGCAGCCGGCUUAGGAGGAGAGACGGCUGCUUCCACCUCAAGGGCCAACCCAGAGGCUCUCUCUCCUGGCUGUGCCAGGCAGGUCUCCCCCACCGCCGUUUGAAUCCCUGGGUGUCCGGGGGAGGGGGGGCGGGCUUCAUUCUGUCCCGUGUGGCGACCUUUCCUUAGUUUGCAUGUAGCCGGGCAUCGACCACGGCCCCUUCCCCCGCCCCGGGUUUGGGGGAGGGGGGGGGAGCGAGGCGCCUCCUUUCUGGGCUGGAGCCCGUGGUUGGGGAGGCCCGGCUUCCCCGCUCGCUUCGGGGCCAAGGAAGAGCGCCGCCGGAGCCGCGCAGGGUCCCCCUCGGGGUCGCUCCCGCCCUAUGCAAGGCCGCUCCGGAGGCCCCGUCCAUCCAAGCCGGGAAGGAGCGCCGCCCUUUGGCCCGAAGGACUUUUUUUGUAACCGCGCCUCCGUUCCCGGGCGGCGUCCCGCGUUUUGUAUUCCGAGUCCGCCUUGUACUACAGAGGAGUCCCUAUUUUUAUGGCAUUUGCUGAGGCCGCCAGGCCGCCCUUUGUGGUCCCCGUCUCUUAUUAAAGCAUGAGUUCUCUCUA